ACGUUCAGCCUCCCGGAAGACGUCAGGCGCGACCAGCUGCGUUGUUUUGCUACUGAGACAACUAGCUAGCCAUCCAUCCAGCGGUACAAGCAAACAAACAAACAACUAAACUGAAUAUGGCUGGAACUUCAUCAGUAGCUGGUGAAGUAUUUGUCGAUGCCCUACCAUAUUUUGACCAGGGUUAUGAUGCAGCGGGCGUUAGAGAGGCGGCUGCAGCCUUGGUAGAGGAGGAGACUCGCCGAUACAGACCCACCAAGAACUACCUCAGUUAUAUGCCAACACCUGAUUUUACUACAUUUGAAACUGAAAUCAUGAGGAACGAGUUUGAGAGACUAGCAGCCCGGCAGCCCCUGGAACUUCUCAGCAUGAAGAGAUAUGAGCUUCCAGCUCCAUCAUCAGGGCAGAAGAAUGACAUCACUGCAUGGCAGGAGAGUGUGAACAACUCCAUGGCUCAGCUGGAGCAUCAAGCAGUGCGCAUUGAGAACCUGGAACUUAUGGCACACUACGGUACCAAUGCAUGGAAGGUCUACAAUGAUAACCUGGCCUUUAUGAUUGAAUUGGCUCAAAAAGAACUACAGAAAUGUAGAAAGCAGAUUCAGGACUUGAACUGGCAACGGAAGAAUGAUCAGCUUGCAGGCGGGGCCAAGCUGAGAGAGCUGGAGUCAAAUUGGGUGUCCCUCGUAAGUAAGAACUAUGAGAUUGAACGUGCCAUCGUCCAGUUGGAGAAUGAAGUUGGACAGCUCAAACAGCAGCAUGGUGACGAGAACAAGGAAAACAUUCGACAGGACUUCUAGAAACAACCUUGCAGAAGAGACAUUUUACAAGAAAGGAAAUGUUGAGCUUGCAGCUGAGAACAAUGAAAACCACCGUAAAAAGAACAGGACUGUCCCUCCAAACUUUAAGAACCUAGUUGCCUUGGCUACAGUUUUUACAUUUGUCUCAGACAGUGACCGUUGAAAAACUAUUGGUCCUGUGUAGAGCAUAUUUGGUGUACCUUGAUCUGAUUUUGUGUUUUUUUAUAACUUUUAUCAAUGCUUGUCAAUUUGAUGAGUAAUUCUAAAAUGAGGUAGUUAAUAACUAAUGAUGCAGUCUACAAAAGUCACUUGAUUUAACAUAUAGACAUAAGUACAGUUGAAGUCUGAAGUUUACAUACACCUUAGCCAAAUACAUUUAAACUCAGUUUUUCACCAUUUUUGACAUUUAAUCUCUGUAAAAAAAAAUCCCUGUUUUAGGUCAGUUAGGUUCCCCA